AUGGCCGCCAAAAAACACGUCGUUUUCGACGUUGUAGGCACCUGUGUCUCGUUCGACGCCUAUUCUGGCCGUAUCGACAGCGUUAUUGGCGAAAGGCUUCGCAGCCACUGCAUCAACACCAAGCACUUUGGGUUCAGUUGGCAGACAGCGGCCGAAUUGGAGUAUACAUUCUUGUCCGUUGCAGAAAGCUAUCGACCUUAUAAGGAGGUACUAAAGGCUACUUUUUAUCGUACGCUUUGGAUGGCAGGUAUCGAGGAUCCGCGGUCUUUUGCGUCCGACGCCGAGAGAGACCAGUGCAUUGAGGGCUACUCCCUUCUCCGGUUAAGGCAGGGUACCCAGGAGUGCUUUGAUACCCUAAAACGCGCGGGAUUCACCGUCUGGUGCUUAACCACCGGAGAUACCCAACGAGUUCGGGGAUAUUUCGAGAGGGCGGGUGUCCAUCUGCCAUUAGAGAACUUUAUCAGCUGUGACGCUGCACACAUGUGGGAUGCAUCUGCAGCGGCUAAAGCAGGAUUUCGUGCGGCAUACUGUACUGUCUAUGAGAAAGAACCUUGUUUUGAGAUAUUCGACACCAAGGUAGAAGUUAUCGCGGAUUCUCUGCCUGCAGUGGCUGAGAAGAUCGUCGCAACUUACUCUUGA